AUGCAGGAGGGAGACGUUGAUCCUGAUGCGGCGCGAGCGGUGUUAAGGCUCGGUGCUUUAGACAAAGACUGCGCAGAGGAGACUGCAAAGAAGACCUUGGAAGAUCUUGAACUGGAAGCUGAUGAGGUUCUGAUGAUGGAGCUUAUUGACUUCGCUAGGGAGCAAGGAGGCGUAGGGAAAGACAUCCAGGAGCUUAUUGCCAAAGCUCUGGCAGAGGUUCUUCAGGAGCUUGAUGACCUCAAGUUUACUGACACAGCCCUGGAUUUGCUGAUGCAGCUCUUCCGUGAGCAGUCGGCACCAAGGAUCACAAUCGCCCGAUGCUUGGAGCGCAUCUACGCAACCAAUCUCCAAGGCGUAGACCAGGUGAAUUUGGCCUUCAAGUUCAUCCUGCGGCAGGGGCUGGGCCUGACAAAUGGCUCGACAGCUGAGGCCAGCGAACUGCGGGAUGUGCUGCUCGCUGCAGGCAUUACUCUCAUCGAGCAGCAUGGGGAGGAGUUCGCCGAGGACUUGUACAAGACAGUCGAAAGCUUCGAGGAUAGUGAGGCUGCAAAAGCUGCAGGUGAGUCCGCUUCUUUGGGAAUCGCCGUGUUCUUGGGGGCGCUCUCAAAGCAUUUGAGCAGCGACAACCCCAAGGUGGAGGAGACCAUCCCCAGGCUGCUUGCAAGGUUGCUGGACAAGGCUUCGACGCCAUCCGUUCAAGAUGCGAUCGUGAAGGUGAUGCCGCCUCUCAUGAAGGCCAACAAGGAGCAAGCAGCGGAAGCGCUGGAGCAGUUGUUGGAGACAGCCCUGGCGCCCAAGACGGACCCGGUGACGCGACGUGGGGCAGCCAUGGGGCUUGGGGCAACGGUGAAAGGCUUGAGCAUCCAAGCGAUGUCUCAGUACCAGAUACUGAAGCGAAUCGAGGAUGUUGCGGAGGACAAGAAGAGCGCAGCAGUUCGGGAGGGCGCUGUCCUUUGCUUGGAGGGCUUGGCUGUGAACCUAGGCCGCCUUUUCGAUCCCUACACUGUCUUGUCCCUGCCCAUGCUGCAGAGGGCAUUCUCGGACUCGCAGCAGACGGUGCGAAAAGCGUCACAGGUCGCUGCAAAUGCCAUGAUGUCUCAGAUCAGUGGACCGGGUGUGAAGCAGGUCUUGAAGCCUCUCCUGGCUCCCAUCGAGGACCGGAACUCACCGUGGCGUACAAAGCUGGGAAGUAUCGAAUUGCUGGCAUCCAUGACAAGCUGCGCCAGAGAGCGGCUGGGAGCGUGCCUGCCGCAGGUGGUGCCGGCCCUUUGCAAUGUCAUCAACGAUGAGCAUGCAAAGGUAAAAGAAGCGGCCCGAGAAGCGUUCAACAAGAUCGCCAACAUUAUCAAAAGUCCAGAGCUCAGAGCCAUCGCGCCCGAGCUCAUCUCGGCCUUGACUGAUGGGGCGCAGUAUGAACAUAUCACUCGGGAUGUGUUGGACAAGCUCCUGGGCACCUCCUUCGCAACGCAUGUCGACGCGCCGUCCCUCUCCCUUGUAUGUCCCGUCAUCCAGCGUGCCCUCAAAGAACGUUCUGCUGAGAUGAAGCGGAAAGGGGCACAGAUAGUGGGCUCGAUGGUUAUGCUCAUCAAGGAUCCCAAGGACAUACAGCCGUACCUUCCUCUUCUUCUACCCCAGCUGAAGCUCACCUUGGUUGAUCCUAUCCCAGAUGUGCGCGCGACCUCCGCGAAAGCUUUUGGAAUUCUGGCGCAGGUCCUGCCAGAAGACAUGCUAGGCGGUGUUAUGCCCUGGCUUUUUGAGAUGCUCAAGUCGCCCGAGUCCAACGUGGAGCGCACAGGAGCUGCACACGGCUUGUCCGAGGUCCUCAUGGCCAAGGGCCCGGAACGAGUCCAGGAGCUUUUGCCCGACAUUCUUUUCAAUGCGAGCAACAAGGACGCAGAACCGCUCGCAAGAGAGGGCUACCUGGGUCUGUUCGAAUAUCUUCCGCCUGCGAUGGGAAGCAGCUUCGAGCCAUACCUGGAAGAGGUCCUCACCACACUGCUGGAUGGCAUGUCUGACGAUACUGCGUCUGUGCGUGACACGGCAUUGAAGGCCGCCCAGGUUAUCAUCAGGCACUUCGGCUCUUCCCACACCGCCCUGCUCCUGCCGCCGCUGGAGGAGGGCGUCUUCGUCGUGGACUGGAGAGUACGACAUGGAGCUAUUCAGUUGAUGGGGCAGCUGAUCCAGCAGAUCCUGCGCGCACAUCGCAUCCCAACCAACAGCGCGGAGCUGAUGCAGGUCGAGGCGCUUCCAAAAGAGUGGCGAUGCCACAUGCUGGCUUCUUUGUACAUCGUGCGCAGUGAUGAGAAUGUCAUGGUGAAGCAGGCGUGCCAGCAGGUCUGGAAGGCUGUCGUGCAAAAUCCGCCGAGAACUCUGAAAGAGCUACUUCCUACACUGAUGACGCGCUUGAUCGCAAACCUUGCUUCAACAAAUCGUGAACGCCAGCGAGUGGCUGCUCGCUGCGUUGGUGACCUUGUUGGCAAGCUCGGAGAGCGCGUGAUGCCCGAACUGAUGCCCAUUUUCAUGGACACGCUUUCGGAAGGCGACACGCACGUGCGAGAAGGUGUGUGUCUUGGGCUGGCCGAACUCAUCAAUGCGACCACAAAGGAGUUGCUGACGACGUAUUUGGAGCAGCUCAUCCCUGCCAUUCAGCAAGCACUUAUUGACGACGAUGAAGCCGUCAGGCUUCAAGCAAGUACCGUGGUGGCCUUGCUUCACAACGCAGUCGGGGCACGUGCAACGAACGAGAUUGUAGAGUGGCUGCUGGAUCAGCUGAUGCAGGAGGUUGUUGAAGAAGGUGAUCUUUUCGUGCUCGGCUUGGAGCAGCUCAUGAAAAAGCAGCCAGGAGCCGUGAAAGACCUGGUCCUCGGUCGUUUGACCUCUCCUGGGGAAGACGGCUGGACCCGACUGCAGGUACAAGGGCUGGCGACUCUAGCUGUUGUACCUGACAGCCACACAGUCCAUAAACACCUUUCGGACGUAAUGCCCGUUUUCAUCGAAGUGGCAAGCCUGGAUGACGAGGAUCAGCCCGAAAUGCAAGAGAUCGCGAUUGAGUCUGCAACACGGGUGAUGGACGCAGUGAACCAAGAUGGAUUGACUUUGCUGAUGACCGAGCUGCAGGGACCGAUGCAGGACAAGAACAACGCCUCACACCGAAAAGUUGCAGCGCAGCUAUUGCAAACUUUCUUCGAGAACACUAGCUUAGACGUGGUGUCCGUCCUGAGCCUCACGCUUCCAGCCGUUUUGCCAUCUGCGCUGGCUGAUGAAGAUGACGAGGCGCUGGCCACAGCUAUGGCGGCACUGAAUGCCAUUACCAAGAAGUGCAAGAAGGAGGAGCUUGCCCCUUACUUGAAUGAUGUGCGCUCAGCCGUCCUCAAUCUCAUCACGGACCACCAGACCAAGAAGGAAGAUCCAAACAUCUUCCUUCCAGGACUUUGCGAUCACAAGGGCUUGGAGCCACUCUACCCCAUCUACCAGCAUGGUCUCAUGUAUGGUACAGCUGAAGCUCGAGAGUUGGCAGCAAAAGGUCUUGGUGAACUCGUCAACCACACAACUGAGAAGGCGUUGGCGCCCCAUGCUGUCAAGAUCACAGGUCCUUUGAUCCGCAUUGUCGGUGAUAAGUUCCCCGGAAACGUCAAGAAGGCGAUUGUGGAUACCUUACAAGCUCUCCUCAUUCGAGGAGGUGACACCCUGAAGCCUUUCUUGCCCCAGCUUCAGACGACCUAUGUGAAGUGCCUUACAGAUCCACCAAACUCCGAGGCAGUUCGCCGCAAAGCAGCGGAGUCCCUUGGGCUUCUGGCAAGGAGGGCUGCUCGUACCGAGCCGCUCAUCAACGAGCUCAGCGCUUUCCCCGGAAACUCUGACCCUGCUGCGCGGGUUGCGCUCGUCGUCGCUUUGGGUGAGGUGCUGCUCAAUGUGAAGCAGAGCCCGAGCCAGGCUGUCCAGGAGAAGGCCUUGAAUGCCGUCGUGUCACGUGGCUCGACUGCCGAUGCUGCAGCUGACGAGCGACAGGCCUGCGGCUGGGCUCUCGGGAUCUUGUUAAGGAGGCAUAUGCCAGCAGAACAAGCUCUGGAAGAAUUCAAUGAGAAGGUAUCGCCACUUGUCAACGAGAAAGGUCCGCAGCGAAGCUUCGCUGCAUUCGCUUUGGCAGGAAUCUGUUGGGUACAGCAGCCGAAUCUUGCAGAGCCCGCCGACGAAGCCCUCAAGAAGCCUGCGGAUGAGUUGGCAGUGUCCAGCCUGCCGCAAUUCUUGAAGGACAAGGAUGCUGAGGUUCAGGCCGCAGGGCUGGCGCUGGCUGCCAGUUUAGCGAAGCUGCAUGCACAGAGCUCGGGAGCUUUGAGCUGGGAGCCACUGGCAGCAGCAGCCGAGCGCUUUGCUGUGUUGGUGGGGCCCGGCGAUGCAGCUGUGCCUGGUCGGACACCGUUUCUGGCUGCGCGACACUUCCUUGCAGCCUGUACCCUCGAGGCCGCAGGAGUCAGCGUAAGCGCUGCAGCUGCGAAAGUGGCUGCAGCCGUGGCGCAGCGCAGUGCUGGCUGGGAGGACACAGAGGAUGGUGAACGUGCCGUGGCAGCUGCUUUAGCAACCGAAAGCCGCAACGAGGAGGGCACACAGGCGGCACUCGACAAGUUGGCAGGAUGCCUCGAUGCCAAGGCAGCGCAGGCUUUGAAGACUUUCGGGGCAUCACGGAUACGAAGCCUGUCGUUCUUCACUGGCUGCAGCGAUUUCCCAUGGGACCUGUGA